AUGUUUGGUUCGGUAUGUUCCUUGUAUGAAUGUCCCCCAAGCCUUGUAUACUCAUGGACAUUAGUUACCGGCUGUUCUUCCGGCCUGGGGAAGUCUAUAGCUAGCACCAUCUAUGCUGCAGGCCACCAAGUGGUGGCGACAGCCCGAAAAGUCGACACAUUCGACUACCUCCCCGACAGUCCAAGCGUCCUCAAGCUAAGCCUUGAUGUGACAUCCGCCGAAAACAUCCACAAUUGCUUCACCACCGCUGUGGAGACAUUUGGCCGCAUUGACAUCGUUAUCAACAACGUCGGGUAUGCUCUCUCAAGAGAUACCGAGGCUAUAGCCGAGUCGGAUGCACGUCUGGAGAUGGAAACCAUCUUCUGGGGUCCUGUCCACAUCACCCGAGAAGCUGUCCGCAUUUUCAGAGAGGCCAAUCCCACAGGGCAAGGUGGAACUGUGGUUCAGGUCUCUUCUAUUGGCGGCUAUGUUACAUUUCCCGGAAGCUCUUUCUAUCAUGCUGGAAAACAUGCGCUCGGAGGUUUCACACAGUCUUUUGCUAAAGAGCUCGAGCCGAGCUGGAAUAUCAAAAUGAUGGUUGCCGCUCCGGGAGGCAUUCGGACCAACUAUUUCACAAAUACCCAAAUGAGAGCUAGACACCCUGCUUAG